AUGGGUCGACAGGCUUAUUUGAACCGGCUCGCUUUGGGCCGGUCCCCAUACGAAGCCCCCGAUAAUGCGGCGGUUGACCCCUCUAAUCCAGUCAGGCGGAUCUCCAGCGUCUAUGCAGACAAUUAUAUGCAGCAAUAUGACACUCGCGGGCACCCUGUUAAUCCUGAAUCCAGAGCCCUCGGGAAAGAACUCCGGAGAGCAAAGAAUGACAUUCUUUCAACAAUGGGAAUUGUCGUCAGUGGAGAAGACCGAAACUCUAGUAUCCCUAAUGAACAGCAAAAGAUCAACCAGAUUGCGAGUGAAAAUGACUUCGGACUGGUCAUAACCACUCUCGAUCAACUGUUUAUCUUUUUUGGUACCUGGUGGACCUCUUCGGUCACUGGUCGCGUACAGUCUUACCGGCAUUAUGCCCAUUCUGCAUUACUCAACGUCAUACAGUCUGAGAGAGACACUACAGGAAUUAUUAGCUUUUACUUUUCGGGUAUUCCUGCCUGGGCAAUGUCCAGUGGGCUAGCUAUAGCUCGUGAAACCCCGCUGAAACGGGUGUUUGUCUCUCUCCGGGACUAUGUCCAGUCUUUGACAGGCGACUCACUCGGUGUUCGUUCUCUUUUCGGGCUUCUUUAUACAGUGGCGAGAAAUUCUGUGCUCAUGUUGUCUAUGGAAUUCUACAUGUACUCAACACUCCAAUCUCUUUCCCUUGUAUCUCCAUAUGGCAUCCCCGGCGCCCAAUUUCUGCUUCCCUUCGGCAGAGAUUCUUUGCUACAGCUGCCACCCUUGCCCACUGAUUUCUCUCCUCGCUCACUGGGGACUUCGCUCGUGCAAUUGUUGACCUCCCCUGGCACCUUAGUGUUCCUCUAUGGCUACUACUUGCGGCCAGAGCUUGAAGAGCGUAUCUAUCGGUUGAUCAGACGACACCUACCUAAGCCAUCUCUUCCUGAUGAACUCUCAGUCCGCGUUGCCUUCGAGGAAAACCUGAUAGAGUGGGUAGUGCCCACCCUGGGCCGCAGAUCAGACGAAGAAUUACAUCGCGGAAAGCUCACACUAUUCGAGGACAUCAAGUUUGAACUUACCAUUUUUCGAGGCUGGGUAUCGUCGCUUUUUGGACUGAGAUCGAACCAAUUGUCGGAGCAGCAAGCUCUCCAAACCUUUAGAGACGAGAGGAUCCAAAAUCUACGCAAUUCGAUCGAAUUAUUGCAAAACGAACUUGACGGAGUCAAUCUUGUUGCUGAAGAAGGGCCACAUGAUCCUGUGCCUAGACCGCCAGGGAUCACUCCCGAUGCCCAGGCUGCCGCUUUUGCAUCACAAGCACGACCGCGGCCACAGGAUGCAAACCGACCCACACAUUUGACCCAGGCAGAAUCGGUCAUUGGGUUGAACCAGGUGCUUACAAAUGAAAAUCGUAUGUCUCAAUCGCCUGGGGAAAUGAGCAAUGACUAUUUCUCCGAGAUGGCUACUGCUGGACAAUCCAGUCGUAUCUCGGAAACCCCAAACCCGCAGGGCCAAACAGCCCAUUCGCCAAAUAAUGAGGAUUUUGCUAUGGACCAAGAGAACUCGCGAUCUAAUACUCUCGUUUCUCGUCCAUCAUCGCCAGAAUCAUCGCCUCCUACAUCACCUCGUGUACGAGCAUCCUUGAUUCACCAGAGCUCCGAUGUUAUCACGAUGCAACUUGAACUGCUGAGCAACCGGAAUCGUCACCCGCAAAUCCAGGCUUCAAAUCCUACCCAGCUGAGUGCACUAGCGGGCAGGGAUGUGCCAGGAUCGAAUUCAAAUCUAAACGCUAUGGACAGACGAUCCAUAGCCGAGUUCCUCGAGGCUCUGAUAUUAAGUCAGGCCCAACGGCAGGAACAGCAGCCCCUAGCGGCAACAGAUACGGACGGCCUCUCAAGUAUCACUGCUGGACAAUCUAUCACAACGCCCCAGGACUCAGGUGUCGCUGAAUUGGACACACAAAUUCCGGCUUCGGAAACCCAAGUCACCGACGCUCCAACUUUAGAGUCAAUUGAGGAAGCACUAGGGUCCAUUGUUCCAAACAUUCUCCCAGAUGGAGUGGAAGAACCGAACGAUGAAGUGCCCCCCAAUGAAUCAAACCGUGUCGGAGAUACAAGUAAUAAUGAAGACACCCAAUCCGACACCCUCGUCCAGCCAAUUCUACCCUCUUCUCUUAUUCCCGGACAAUUGACAAACUCAUUUUCGCAUGUCCACCGCGUCACCCUUCUUUCAGCAUAUCCAGUGGACUCCCUCGCGUCUCAUCUCGCUGCUGCAAUCAGCGGCAUCAUUCUCGCGCCCCUUGAAGCACUUUACCUUCGCUCAUUGACCAGAUCUUGGAUCAUAUCACACCCGUCCUCUAUUACCCGUCUCUCAGAUGUCCAUCCGUUGGGUCUUUGGUUUGGCGGAAGAACCUGGCCAGAUAUGUAUGCCUAUUCCUGCCGACUCGUACUCAUGAGAGGAAUGCAAGUCGCGAUGAGAGCGGGGAUCUGGGGGUUCCUGGUGGGCUCGACAAUGAGGAUAGGGAAGAAAUUCUGCGGCUGGGGAACCUUGUGA